ACUCUGGUAUAAGUCUAUCAGCUUAUCCCAUCAGAGCGGUAAACAAACAGUACAUUGUGUGUGUCGUAUGUGUUUUCUGCUCUACGUUCUAUCAUGGAAUUUGGAGUUGCUGCAUCAAAAAUUUUCAUGUCACUAGUUGUUGGGGUGUUAGGACUGUUCUGGCACUUGUAUAUUAUAUUGGUUGCCAAGCCAAGUAUGAUUCGCCGGAUGCUCAAGAAACAAGGAAUUGACGGACCUAAGCCCAUGUUUCUUCUGGGAAAUAUACUGGAAUUGAAAAAAAUGAAGGAUGCAGUUGUUAAGCACUCCGACAGUACUGAUCCACCAGUGUCACACAACUGUGGAGCUCUGCUUCUUCCUUUCUUUGAUAAAUGGAAGCAACAAUAUGGUGAUAUGUUCAGGAUUGCGCUUGGAAAUACCCAAAUCUUACUAGUGAAUCGGUAUGAUGUAUUGAAAGAAAUCACUACGUGCACAUCACUAGACUUUGGAAAACCCUCCUACCUAGCUAAAGAUCGAGGCGCUAUACUUGGCAAUGGUAUUAUAACUUCCAAUGGUCAGUACUGGGCUCACCAGCGCAAAAUUAUUGCUCCUCAACUCUACAUGGAUAAAGUCAAGGAUAUGUGUAGCUUAGUCAAUGAUUGUGUGAAGACUCUGUUCGAGUCGUGGAACGAUAUAAUUAUGUCAAAUGGUGGGAUUGUCAGUGACAUUGAAAUUGAUCCGCACAUGAGGAGUUUCUCUGGUGAUGUGAUAUCAAGAGCGUGUUUUGGUAGUAACUUCCUGCAAGGGGAAGAAAUAUUUUCCAAGCUUAGAGAGCUUGUAGAAUUGUCUUCCAACAAAGCUUUUUCCUUUGGAAUACCUGGCAUGAGGCAUAUUCCGACUAAGAACAAUAGGAAACUCUGGGCGCUAGAAAAAGGAAUCUAUGAAUUAAUAUCAGGGGUAGUAAAUCAGAGGGCUGAAGCUGAAGUUGGAUACACGAAAGAUUUGUUACAGAUGCUUCUUGAAGAAGGCCAAAAUAGUGAGCUGCCAAAAGAUGAAAUUGAGCAAUUCAUUGUCACUAACUGCAAAAACAUCUAUUUGGCUGGCUAUGAAACCACUGCGGUUUCAGCCACAUGGACUCUUAUGCUACUAGCUACAAAUCAAGAAUGGCAAGAUCGUGUUCGUGCUGAGGCUAUUAAAGUUUGUCAGGGCCAGCCUCCAGAUAUUGUUGCUGUCAAUAGAAUGAAAGUGCUAACGAUGGUGAUAAACGAAUCAUUGCGUUUGUAUCCUCCGGUGGUUGUAAUGUCAAGAGAAGCCUUGAAAGACAUGAAAUUCAAAGACAUUGAUGUUCCCAAGGGCGUAAACGUUUGGGCGGUGGUAACCUCACUGCACACUGAUCCUGAAAACUGGGGAGAAGAUUCGUACAAAUUUAAUCCCAGCAGAUUUGCGAAUGGAGUGACAGGGGCAUGCAAGUUGCCACAUCUGUACAUGCCGUUUGGAGUUGGACCUCGGAUUUGUCUAGGACAGAACUUGGCGUUGGUUGAGCUCAAGAUUUUGAUUUCACAGAUUCUGUCGAACUAUUCACUUUCUCUUUCUCCCAAAUAUGUUCAUGCACCAUCUUUGAGUUUGGUCAUAAAGCCCGGGAAAGGAAUGAAUCUUCUGGUGAGGAAGUUGUAAGAGGCUAAAACAUCAACAACGUUUGGGUCGAUCAUUGCUGAGCAAAAAAGGAGUGAACUAAGAAAUUAUGCAUUAUUGUUUUCUUCUUAUUACAUUCAUUUUGGGUAGUUAAUUAGAUCUAUGAUUUAUAGUUAUUUUGUUUUUCACUAUUAAUAAAUCGAUUUCUUUACUUAUUAAA